CUGGAGGGCGGAGCCUGGCGGUGAACCCGUCCAAUCACGCCGAAUUCUUGAAAGGACCCUCGGAGGUGUGGCCCUCCGGGGGCGUGUCCAGGGCCGCCCAUGGGCGUGUCCAGGCCUGGUCCUCUGCAGGGGCCAUGUCAGCGCCACCGCCCCUGCAAAUCCGCGAGGCUAACGCACACCUGGCUGCCGUUCACCGGCGCGCGGCGGAACUGGAGGCGCGGCUGGAGGCAGCCGAGUGCAUGGUGCGCGCCCAGGCCGAGCGCCUGGCCCGCCACGACCAGCAACUGAGCGCCGCUUUAGACGAGCUGGGACGCGCCAAAGACCGUGAGAUUGCUGCCCUCCGGGAGCAGCUGCUGACCUCCGAGGCUGCUGUUCAGAGUCUGCAGGCUGCCGUGCGCCAGAGGGACAAGCUCAUCGGGCAGUUGCAGCCCCGGGCUGAGCUGCUGCAGGAUCUCUGCCGCCGCCGGCCGCCCCUGGCUGGGCUGCUGGCUACCCUGGCUGAGGCCGAGCGCCUGGGACCCCUGCCGGCUAGUGACUUACUCCCUGGUGGGCCCAGCUCACCCCUUGCCAACAGUACUGGGGAGGAAGAGGACAGCGACCAGCUUGAGCCCGCAGUGUUUGGGACCACUGUGUGAGUCCCAGAGAGCAGGUUCCGGAAUGGAGAAAGAGGACUCCAGUGGGGACUUCUACUGCCUGGGUAUCCUUAGGGUUAACAUAUCCCAGAGAGGACCCCUUGGAAGAGCCAUAAUCCUCAGCAUCAGAACCUGUUAAAAAAGCAUAGGUUUUAUAUGGGUGGCCUGCAGGCCAAAUGCAGAUGAACUCAGCCAGAUUUUCUUUCUUUUUUUCUUUUAAAAAGCAAAACUUUGAAUCAAUCACCCUUGUUGGAGAACUGGUCGCGCUUACACACGAAUCUGGAUUUCUGGCUUCGGGCUGGGCUGUACGUCUGGAUCUGAGUCCAGGACACCCUUUUUAGCGUGGGCAAGUUUCCAUUCACCCCCUCAUCUCUCAAGGCCGGAUGUCUGGCCCCUGAAACAUCUGAGUUAGAGACCUCUCUUUUUCUGGUGGAGGUGGAUGGCAUCAAGUGCCACGUGAUUUGAGUCCCUCCCUCUUUUCUCCCCUGCCCCGGUUUUUGUUUUCCGGAAGCAUUCUUCAUCCUAAAGCCUUAUUCAUCUCAGUCCAGAAUUGUGAACCUCAAGCCUCAGGCCAUUUUGCAUUGGUUAUACUUAGAUAUUUUUUCCCUUAAUUCUAUCCUCCUCUCAACCCAGGAAGGAGUGUGCAGGUGGGAUGUGCCGAUAUGCUGGCAACCAGGCUUCACUGCCCAGGCAGACUCAGGCAUCCCGUAACCUUCUCUUGAUAGCAUCCUGCCUUGGGGUCUUUACAUUGGCUGUUUCCUCUGCCUAGAAUGCUCUUCCCCCAGAUGCCACAUGACUGGCUCCUGCUCACUCAGGUCUUUGCUCAAACGUCACCUCCUCUGAGAGGGCUUCCAUGACUGCCUUAUCAUUCUUUCCCAUUCCACACACCGCCCCCCCACCCUCCGCCCUCCCCCCCCCGCCCCCCCCACCAUUGCCCCAUUUUACUUCCUUUAUGUAAAUUUUUACCAUUGGAGUGGAAACUCCAUGAGGGCAGGUUUUUGUUUUCUGUCACCAGUGCCUGGGACCCAGCACAUCUCAUGAGGCCCCCAGCAGCUUUCCUUUCGUAGCACCAGCUGGCUCCUUUUUCUAAUCCCCAGAGAAUCUAUUUUUUCACUCCUUAUUUGUAUGCUGCUCUUGUUGGCCUGAGAUAUUUGAGGCACUUUGCUUUUUUAUCAGAACAGGGAGCCCUGUGCCUUUCUCUGCCCAGCCCAAGUGCCUGGCCUAGGACUAUGGCAGCCGUUUCCUGCUUCCAGACUCAGGGAAUCCCCACCCAGGAACCACUGCAGGGCACAGCCCCUUUCAGCCUGGAAAGCUCAGCAUCCGUCCUCCGCCCUGCGGAGGGUGCCUCCUGGUGUUGCACAUCGACCCCUCAGUGUGGUAACAAUGGCCCAGUUUUCUCCUCUGGACGAAUAAGGGGGGUGCUGUUUCUACAAGGGGAAGGCAGGCUAGGGUCUGUCUACGCCCAAGAAUAAACCAAAUGAUUUCAUGGCA